UAACCAAGAUAUAUAUAAAUACUCACUUUUUGUACUGCACAUUCUCUGUACAACUAUAACUAAUCUUUAAAACCAAGAAUAUGGCUACUGCCAAAUUCCAAUAACCAAUAAAAAUAAAGUAUCUUACUAGCUUUUUUUUUUUUAUUACUAUUUCCAAAAGUGGGAUAGAAAUGUCUACUAAGGUUAUGUACACUUCAACAGAAGAUAAACAAGAAAUGCAAAAGCAGUUAGGAUGCAUGAAUGGAAUUUUUCAGCUUUUUGAUCGACGAUAUCUACUCGGCCAACGUCGAAAUGGCCACCACCAGAAGAAGCCACCUCAAGGUCAAAAUGACAAUGGCAAGGAGAUAAAUAAUGCAUCAGAGAAACCUAAGGAGAAAAUGGCGAAAGACAACCAUAGAGUAUCCGUUGAAUCAUCAAGAAACUCGUAUUCUUCUUCGUGUUCAUCGUUAGAAUGUAGUAAAAGGGUUCAAACCGAACAAUCUUCGUUUUGCCCAAGCGUCUUCUCUGAACCCUCGUCUCCAACAUCACAUACAAAAACAGAUUUUUCGACCCAACCAUCUGAUAUAAAAAAUGUAGUUAAAGACUCAAUGACUAGAAAACCUCGAGUAGUACCAGUUAAAACAGUGUCAAAAGACGAACGAAAAGGUCCUGCCAUGACACACGUUGAUUCCCCUAGGCCGUUAGAACCCCACCCAAAACCCGGUCCAUAUGAAAGAAAAGAUCAAAACCUUGCUAAGCUUCGGGAAAUUUCAAACUCAAGGGGAGUCAAAGAAGUAAAGGAGACGUCACGGUUUUCAUAUGAUGGACGCGUAUCACAGUAUAAAUUAAAAUCAUUUUCGAAUAUUAAGGAACUACCAAGACUGUCGUUGGAUAGCAAGCAAAGUAGUAUAAAAAACCUCACAAAUGUUAACGAAGAAACCCAAAGUCAUGAGUCGGGAAGUAACAAACGUCCACCGUCAAGUGUAGUGGCAAGAUUGAUGGGUCUAGAAGUUUUAAAAAAUGAACCCGUUGAUGAAUCGAAUUCACUUGCAAGAAAACCUGUUUCACCAAAGGCGCCUAAUGUAUCGACAAGAAUUCCAUUAGAACCGGCUCCUUGGAAGCAGGAAGUCAAAAAAACGGAUCGUGGUUGUAAGUCUGUUUAUGGUCAGAUUGAAAGAAGAUUGACAGAAGUGGAGUUUAAAACAUCAGGUAAGGAUCUCAGAGCUCUUAAGCAAAUACUCGAAGCAAUUCAAAGGACCAAAAUGAAGUUAGAGAUGACAGAUGACAGCAAAAGCGUGCAGCCAGUUUCCUCGAUCAUCAAAGGGACUGCCAUAAAACCAACACCAGAAUCCUUGGUGAUCAAAAAUCUACAAAAGGUCAAGAAAGUCAACCCUGGCAAGAAAUCCGCAAGAAAUGUAGCAUCUACAGAAACAAAUGCAACUAACAGGAAUAGAAAACCAGUGUCGCCUUCACGAGCACCAGAGUACCUGGCUCAAGAGAACUAUUGCAGUUCAAGAAAUUCACCUACUGUGAGCCCGAGACUGCAGAGGUCAAACAAGCAAAACAUUCAUGUGAUCAGAAAGCAACAGAACUCAAAGUCAAAGUCUAUUAACCCGGUGCAAACCAACGACCAGUCGUGUAGGAACAGUUGUCACAUAAGAAACUUAAGUCAACAAAGUGACACGAUUUCCUUCCCAUCAGAAAGCGAUGCUAGUGUUGGUUCUCAGAACGAGCCAGAAGUCUCGAGUACUGAUUGGACACAAGAAAACAAGAACAAAUUUGCAGAAAAAUUGCCUGGAUACAAGCCAAUGACUGAACUUGCCAUACCUACUUUGGAGCAACCGAGUCCUGUCUCGGUCCUUGAUGCAUUUUGUACAGAAGAAACAUUAUCACCAAUACGGAAGAGAUCUUAUGCUUUCAACGAUGAUGAGGAUUUAUGCAUUGAAGAACGGGAGUGGAGUCAAGUUGGAAUAGAUAGCUUGGUGAGCAGCAGAAAACCAAAUCAGCCAACUUCCGAGUUCAACCAAAUAAAACUGGAUAACAUAAGGCACCUUGUUCAUCAAAUUGAGUUAUUAAACUCCACCGACGAUGAAGCCACCAUCAAUCCACUUGAAGGCAUAAACGGAGACCACACAUACAUCAAAGAAAUAUUAUUAGCCUCGGGCUUACUAAAAAAUCUCGACUGUGUUAUCCAAAUAAUUCACCUUCAUCCAACUGGCAGCUUAAUCAACCCCGAGCUGUUCAACAUGUUAGAGAAAACCAAAGAGUGCACCUCAAAAUCAGAGAAAAUCAGAAGAAAAAUGAUAUUUGAUACCGUCAACUAUAUGCUUGUCCAAAAACUAACAAGAGCAGCUUCUUCUGGACAGUGGACAAGCAAAAGGAAAGCAAGAACCCUGAAUGCAGAGAAGUUUCUAGAAGAAUUGUGUUUAGAAAUAAAUAAUCUCGAAACUAAAACAGUCUGUGGCCAAUAUUAUGAUAUAAUAAACAUCAUAACUGAAGAUAUGAGUAACAAGUCAGAAGAUUGGGAGGACAACUGUAGUGAGGUUCCAGCUCUGGCGUUAGAUAUAGAGCGUCUUAUUUUUAAAGAUUUGAUUAGUGAGAUCGUGAAUGCCAAAGUAGCCGGUAGGCAAGAUGGACAUGGGCGGCACCGUAGGCAAUUAUCUUUUAUGUAAAACUUGACUUUUGUUCUCCCAGGUCCAUUAAUUCUCCCUUUCUUAUAGUUACAGGGUUGAGAAGUACAAAACUGUAACUUCAAAUGCAUAUAUAGAAUAUAUACAAACUUUAGCUA